AUGGCUACUCGGGAAGUGCCUGAGCCUGGGCAAAAGGCGCGCCUCAAGAGGACAAGGACCGGGUGCCUCAAGUGUCGCGUCAGGCGACGGAAAUGCGACGAGAAGAAGCCGAGUUGUCAGAGAUGCGUCGACGGUGGCUUCGUCUGCCAAUACGGGACAAAGCUGUCCUUUCUCGAGAAGAACACGAUAACCGCCUCCGGUCCCAGCAAGUCGGCUCGCCAAUCCUACUCUACCCUGCGCUUUGUCGACACCCACCCCGCCGCAAGCCAGACAGCAUCGCCUAUCUCACCGAGUGCCGAGCCGCCGGCGAGCAAUGUUUCAGAGACUGAAAGAGGGCUAGGACACCAGCCGAGUCCUUCCCACUCGCCCACCAGCCCUCAACUGCCAACGCCGCGAUCUGACACGACCACGGGGGCUCAUCUGAAAGACCUGCAGAACCCUGGCGGUGCCUAUGCUGUCGACACGUCUCCUAGCAAUGGGGCCUACGAGACGGCCCUGGAUGUUCUCACAUCGCUGGGGUCUGUAAAUUCUGGCGGUGCAUCUGCAACGCCGCUGCCGCCUGGCUAUGGACCGAGUCCCCAUGAGGAUAGCACACCCUACGCUCACGGCGACUUGAGAUCACACAGUUUGGGGGUGCCAGAAGAGUUCUCGACGUGUUCUCUGCUCCCGCAAGAUCCUUCCAUCCAACUACUCCGGCAUUAUCGGUACAAUCUCGCUCCCUGGGUGAGUGGUUUUUCCAGAUAUAGCCAUCUCGACAUUGACGACCCCACACAAACAUUUGGGCUUGAGAUACCACGCUUUGCAUUGUCGUCUGUACCGGUGCUGGAAUCACUACUGUCGCUUUCCCUGGCAUCCCUGGAUCGGUAUGCCGAUGCCGACCUCAAGGCUGUGCAGCAUGAGGCGCGGGAGACGAGUCUGAUCGAGAGCCUUGUCAUAGUCACCUUGGCAGCCGUGAGGAGCCUUACACUGGCCAGCCCACCUGACUGGCAGAGUCCGUUUGCCACUUCCGGAAUACAGCCACUGGAUGCAGCUCUCCGCCACAACGGCCACACCGGCAUACGAAUGGCCGUUGCACGCAUGUUUCUUCGUCUGGACGUGAGCGUCGGCUUGAUGAAUAACAGACCUGUAUCUAUACCGAGCAUUCUGCUCUACGGUAUCAGCUCGCCCGAGCUCCCAGAAAUUCCCAUCGACGCGCUCAGGUAUAACUGGGAUCCUCUGGUCCUCUGUUCCCUCGCCCUCAACUACUGUUAUGGUGACGAAAUGCAUCAGUCGGCGGGUAGUUUUGAUGUAGGAAUGGGUACCACGGACAGGUGGAAGAUGCUCACCGAGACCCUCGUCUUGUGGUAUAAUAACCGUCCCGACGCGCUCAAGCCCAUUCUCGAGGUGGCCCACAACGACCAGCUAUUUCCGCUCAUACUCUUCAGUAGCGGCACGGCUGUCUUUGCCAAUCAGCUGUUCCACACGGCCAUGCUGCUGCUGUUGCAGCACAGGCCACGGACAUUUCUGAGCAGCGGCCAUAGCAGGCCCGUCGCCAUGUCUCCCCUUUGGCAUGCGCAGAGGGUAUGUGGCAUCAGCUUAAGCAACGACAGUCGCAAGAGCUGGGAUUUCUGUCUCGUCGGAUCCCUAUAUAUAGGCGCCAGAUGUAUGACGUAUGAUCUGCAGCAACAUGCUCUGAUAUCUGGAAUCAACCGAAUCUCUUGCAUGACAGGAUGGAACUUGAGACCGCUUGAAGCACGACUCCUUGAUGCAUGGCAGCAGGGAUGA